UCUUGGGCGUUAGAACCCCGCGAGGGGGGAUGAGGGACGCCACCGAGAAAGCAGCCCUCACCGGGCUCCCGGGGCUGCCAGGCCCCCAGCUGAGGGUGCUGCCUGCGGAACCACGCCCCCCUGGCCCUGUGCCAAGAGCGUGAUGCGAGUGUCCGGAGCCACGGCCUGGUUACCACUCGCGACUUCUUCGUCCCGGGUUCGCCCAUCGCCAGGGAUGUUUUAUGGUAACCAUCGUAUAGUUGAGACGAUCCAUUCUUGUCCUACUCAUUUCUGCACGACACGGGCAUCUAGGAGGCUCGCCAGGCAUAGCCUGAGAGACGCUUCCAUCCGUUUCCGUACCUGGUAACAGAGGGAGCAAAGCAAAUCUUAUCCUCAAAGAACUGUGGAUGCUUGUUAGAUCCAUCUGGUGGUUCCAUAGGGAAACUGCUCAAAGAAACUGCCUUUAUCUCACCUAACGUAGAACUAUCCCGGAGCUCAGAAAAGGAGUCCAUUCAUCCUCUAUAAUCACUAUAAUAUAUCUUUGUUAAAAUGCCAAGAAGAUUUAUUCUAAAAGAAGGCACCAAAGCAAUGGGGGCUGUGCAAAUAAUGAUUGGCCUGAUUCACAGUGCACUGGGAACUCUCUGGAUUCAUUGGCUUUUGAUAGGAGCGGAUUCAAGUCGUCCUGGUCUUAUCCCUAUAAUUGUUGUAGCAAUUUACUCAUUUUUGUCAUCAUUUUUUUUCGUCAACUCAGGAUCCAGCAGCGUAAUCCAGAAGCCUGUUACCAGAUAUAAGCUUACUGUAGCAAUUGUAAUGAACAGCAUAACUGUUUGUGUGACUUCACUUGGUAUAUUUGUAUUAAGCAUUGAGAUUGCAACUUUUGAAUCAAAUGCAACUACAUACAAUUGGUCAAAUAUGGCUGGUAUGAUACUUUUACAAUAUUUACUACUCUGCACCAUCUUAGAGAUGACCAUUGUAAUCAUAAUCAUCCGUUGGGUUACAGAAGCAUUUCGUCAUGAAAAAUACACUGAAGACAGUACUUCGCCCUCAGAAAUGUCACUGUCGGAAUCCUUGGAAAUCAUACCAUCCACAAUUUCUAUUUCUUUCUAAUUUGCAAAGAAUCCAUGCGACUCCAGUCAAGAACAAAAGAUUAAUUGUGAAUCAGUGAAGAACUCUAAUUUUUUCAAGAGGCCACAUGGAAAAUGAAUUCUAAUGGAAGUCCUUUCCAUUACUCUUAUUUCUUAGUUCUUCAAUAAAGCAUGCGAUUUGAUCACAAA